AUGUCGUCUUCCGCGGAGCAUGUCUCCCACACCCCAACGUCCGCCGCUAUCCAAAGCGCAGAGCAUCCUCGCAUUGCAGACCCCGAAUCAAAGGCUAUGAAGGUGAAUAAACUGGAGAUAUCUGAGAAAGACUCCUCAAGCGGCAAGCGCGCACAGUCUGUCGACAGCGGGUCAAUGCAAUCCACCUACGACCACACCCAUCGCAAGCUCAAGCCCCGCCAUGUCCAAUUGAUCGGUAUUGGAGGUACAAUCGGCACGGCCUUGUAUGUCCAAAUUGGCUCGGGUCUGCGAACCAGUGGUCCCGCUAGUUUAUUCAUUGGUUUCAGUCUUUGCGAUAUCAAGCAAUGCCAUGGCCUGGCGGAAAUGGUAACCUACCUCCCCAUCUCUUCGCCAUUCAUCCGAUUCGCCGGCCGCUAUGUCGAUGAAGCACUAGGUGUUGCCGCCGGAUAUAAUUUCUUCGUGUUCGAAGCUGCAUUGGUGCCUUUCGAAAUUGUGGCCGUCAGUCUGAUUGUCAGAUACUGGACCAAUGUGAUCCCCGUUGCAGCCAUGAAUGUCAUUGUCCUCGUACUCUAUGGAGCACUCAAUCUAUUCGCUGUCAAAUGGUACGGCGAAGCAGAGUUCUGGCUCUCACUAGGCAAGGUCCUGUUGAGUAUAGGCCUGAUUCUUUACACCUUCAUCGUCAUGCUAGGCGGGAAUCCGCUGGGAGAUAGAUUUGGCUUCCGAUACUGGAACGAGCCCGGUGCGUUCAAUGAAUAUUACAAAACAGGCGAUACGGGCCGGUUCCUCGGUGUCUUGGCUGCACUCAUCACAGCCAGUUUCACCAUCGCGGGCCCUGACUAUGUCUCCAUGGCUGCUGGAGAGACCAUUAAUCCGCGCAAGGUGCUGCCCAAAGCCUUCAAUGGUGUUUUCUAUCGCCUCACAGCGUUUUUUGUUCUGGGAGUUCUUUGCGUCGGAAUUCUGGUUCCAUACAAUGAUCAGACCAUGGCCGAUGCCUUUGACAACGAUAAGCCUGGUGCUGCGGCUUCGCCAUAUGUCAUCUCUAUGGACCGCUUGAAGAUUCCUGUCUUACCAGAUAUUGUCAAUGCCGUCGUUCUCACGGCCUCGUUCAGCGCCGGUAACAGUUACGUGUACUGCGCUAGUCGCAGUCUCUACGGCCUCGCACUGGAAGGCAAGGCCCCGAAAUUCUUGACCAAAUGUACCAGCCGCGGCGUGCCAGUAUACUGCGUCUGCGUUGUCCUCGUCGUGGCCCUUCUGAGCUUCCUGCAAGUCUCCAAUAGUGCAGCAGUUGUGCUGAACUGGUUUGUUAACCUGGUCACCGCUUCCCAACUUAUCAACUUCUCUGUUGUCACAUUCACCUUCAUCCGAUUCAAGAAGGCCAUGGACGCCCAAGGAAUCUCCCGAGAUUCUCUGCCAUAUACAAGUUGGUUCCAGCCGUAUAUUGCUUACGUCGCCUGUACCUGUACCACGAUUAUGGCUUUCGUCGGUGGCUACACUGUCUUCUUACCCGGUAACUGGUCUAUUCCGACAUUCCUCUUCUCAUACACCAUGAUUGGCGUCUUUCCGAUUCUAUACUUUGGUUGGAAAUUCUUCCACAAGACUAAAUUCCUCAAGCCCGAGGAGGUCGAUUUGGUUUCUGGUGUUGUUGAGAUCGAGGAGUAUACGAGGGAUUUCGUAACUCCGCCGCCGAAGUCGGUGUUCCAUAAGUGGUUCAAUGUGCUUUUUGAGUGA